GAGGCCUGAGCCUCUGCCACUCUCUUGUCCCUGAGCUGGAAGCAGAUCUCCCUGUCGGCUGAGACAGGUUGUCUUGUGGAAAUGAAGAUUUAAGGACAAGUUGUCUACCAGAUUAGAAGAUGGGAUCAAACAGCAGCAGAAUUGGUGAUCUUCCUAAAAAUGAGUACUUAAAAAAGUUAUCAGGCACAGAAUCUGUCUCUGAGAAUGACCCGUUCUGGAAUCAGCUUCUCUCAUUUUCUUUCCCUGCACCAACCAGCAGUACUGAUUUGAAGCUCUUGGAGGAGGCAACUAUUUCAGUCUGCAGGUCUUUAGUUGAAAACAAUCCUCGAACAGGAAACCUUGGUGCAUUGAUUAAGGUCUUCCUUUCUAGAACCAAAGAACUAAAACUUUCAGCAGAAUGUCAGAAUCACAUCUUCAUUUGGCAGACAGACAAUGCUUUGUUUAUUAUUUGUUAUUUGCUGAAAGUGUUCAUCUGUGAGAUGUCAGAAGAGGAAUUACAACUUCAUUUUACUUAUGAAGAAAAAUCUGGCAGUUACAGUUCUGACUCAGAAGAUCUUUUGGAAGAAUUAGUCUGCUUCUGCUGUUUGAUGCAGUUAAUCACUGAUAUUCCACUCAUAGACCUUACAUAUGAAAUAUCAGUGGAAGCUAUAUCAACAAUGGUUGUUUUCCUUUCCUGUCAACUAUAUCACAAGGAAGUUUUGCGACAGAGCAUUAGUCUGAUGCAAGGUCGAUGUCUUCCAUACACCAGCAAACUUGUGAAAACUUUAUUGUAUAACUUCAUCAGACAAGAAAAGCCACCUCCCCCAGGCGCCCACGUUUUCCCUCAGCAGUCGGAUGGGGGAGGACUGCUGUAUGGACUUGCAUCAGGCGUAGCAACUGGACUCUGGACUGUCUUCACCCUGGGUGGCGUGGGAAGCAAAGCGGCCAACAUGCCGGCACUUUCUUCCCCUCUGGCCAACCAGCGUCUCCUGCUCCUGCUGGUGCUGGCCAACCUGACAGAUGCUGCAGAUGCCCCAAACCCCUACAGACAGGCCAUCAUAUCCUUCAAGAACACACAAGAUAACAGUCCUUUCCCCUUGUCAAUUCCACAUGCUUUCCAGAUUAAUUUUAACAGUUUGUACACACUCUGUGAGCAGCAGACAUCUGAUCAGGCAACUCUCCUAUUGUAUACAUUGCUCCAUCAGAAUAGUAAUAUUAGAACGUACAUGUUGGCUCGCAUAGAUAUGGAAAAUCUUGUUUUACCAAUUCUUGAGAUUCUGUAUCAUGUUGAAGAAAGAAACUCACACCACGUGUAUAUGGCGCUUAUAAUAUUGUUGAUCCUUACAGAAGAUGAUGGCUUCAAUAGGUCCAUUCACGAAGUGAUAUUAAAAAAUAUUACUUGGUAUUCAGUACGGGUUUUAACAGAAAUUUCACUGGGGAGUCUCCUAAUACUGGUCGUAAUAAGAAUCAUUCAGUACAACAUGACAAGGACAAGAGACAAGUACCUUCACACAAAUUGUUUGGCAGCUUUAGCAAAUAUGUCAGCCCAGUUCCGUUCUCUCCAUCAGUAUGCUGCCCAGAGGAUCAUCAGUUGGUUUUCCUUGCUGUCUAAAAAACACAACAAAGUUCUGGAACAAGCUACACAGUCCUUGAGAGGUUUGCUAAGUUCCAAUGAUGUUCUUCUACCAGAUUAUGCACAAGACCUAAAUGUCAUCAAGGAAGUGAUUCGAAUGAUGUUAGAGGUCAUCAAUUCCUGCCUGGCAACUUCUCUUCACCACAACCCAAACCUGGUGUAUGCACUGCUUUACAAAUGAGAUCUCUUUGAGCAAUUUCGAACUCAUCCUUCAUUUCAGGACAUAAUGCAAAAUAUUGAUCUGGUGAUCACCUUCUUCAGCUCCAGGUUGCUACAGGCUGGAGCUGAGCUCUCGGUGGAAUGGGUCCUGGAAAUCAUGAAGCAAGGAAUUGUUGCUCUGCCCAAAGACAGGCUGAAGAAGUUUCAGGAAUUGAAAUUCAAGUAUGUGGAAGAGGAGCAGCCCGAGGAGUUCUUCAUCCCCUAUGUCUGGUCCUUGGUGUACAGCUCUGCCGCCGGCCUGUACUGGAGCCCGCAGGACAUCCAGCUGUUCAGGAUGGACUCCGACUGAGGGCAGCCCUGCCCACCCUGCCACCAAGCACCUUCUCGCUCUUUCUUUCUGGCGAACAGACCAGGGAGAUGGCCUGGUGUGUCUUCUGUUAGGAUCAGGAAACAGGCGUGUUUCCCUUGCACACUCGGAUGUGGAGCAUCGGUGUCAGUUGUUAGUAGAUCACUCGGCUUCGAUUAUAGUACAAAAGGGGGGGGGGGCACAACAAUGAUAAAUAUCCAACCUGCUGUC